AAACGAACUGUAAAUUUUACCUACUCUCACAGUACUUAACGAGCUCAUCUGUACUGCGUUCGGUAGCGUACUUCGGAACCCAAUCGCAGACUUAUAACCUGUCUGGCCCGCUGUGCGAACUCUCCCUAGUGUGCCGCCACCGACUUUCCUCUUAAGGAACGCGAGCGUCACAUAUUUUUGACAGUUCCUCUACUGCUUUAAACCGAACCAACUCCUCUGCUUAGUCGCCCUCGGUCUGGCUACACUCGAGUCUGAUCAACUCGACACUCCGACUCUAGGCGACUCUUUUUCACAUCAAAACGACUUCGACAACCCAGCAAAACCCCUUAGCUUCAAAAUGUCGCAAAUUCCCAUUGCUACUCGCUACAACUUGAGGUCCCGCCGAGUUGCGCCUUCGCCGACUCCUAGUAUGGACGCUCUUCCAGGUGAGUACCCUCUCAGCAAUUACCAAAAUAGUGGCAGUCGGCCGCAAGGCGACGUCACUGACACGGAUGAACAAUCCGUCUCCGGACGAGUUCAGCCCGGGCUGCUCUACAGCCGGGUUGUCUCUCCGCGUAUUCCCUCUCCUGUUCCAACAGGGGAGGCGGCGGUGUCUUACGGCCCUUACCGGUCGCUGAGCCCGCUCUCUUCGCUCACGGCUCCCGAGCCGAGCGUCGAGGACUCGCAGUCGCAGGCGGAGGCGCAUUCCCCUGUGAUCAAAGUCGAGGAUGAUGGCGGCGGAGAGUGGAUUCUCUCCCACCGUGGUCGCCAUGGCCGGACGGCGUCGCAGAGUCCGACGCGCGUCCCCCGCACUGCAGGCGGGCGUGCCGAACCCCUGACCACCGACCAGAGAGCGGUUGUCAGGAUGGCCGAGGACUCAUUGAGUCCGGCCGAGCGGGAGCGUCUUGAAGAACGCUUCCGCCUAGUCCGGGAAGCUCACGCUGUCGAGCAACCGGCGUCGUCCCGAGGCGAAGGGCCCUCGUCCGGGAAAGGGAAGACUGUCGAUGCCCGUGAAUGGGGAGCAGUCGGUAUCCCCUUGGAGGAGCUGGAUCCAGAGACUCAGCUCCGGGAGUACGAGCGCCUCAAGGGCGCGCCGCGCAGGGCAUCUCCUGCAGCACGAAGUAUGAAUGACCCUUCGCAGCGGCUCGACGCCAUAGAACGGCAGCUUGCCGAACUGGUCGCUGCUCUCAGUAGCGCGGCGGCUGCUGCGCCCGGGAGGGUCCUGCAACCUACGACAUCGGAUGGCCUUGAUUCGCGUGGCGCCGCUGCGGGUACUCCUCGGCGUGUUAGCUCACAGCCCGAACAGGCUGUACGCCGCACGACUGCACGGACUCCCAGUCCAUCUCGCUCCAAGGUAGUUGAGGGACGAGCCGACUCGCUCGUCAAGCCUGUAUACCAACUCGAGCCUGGCAGCUACCUAGGUCGCGCGCUCCACGGGUUGGAGUACUCGGAUAGUGACGGGUCUGAUGACCCGGAUUCCUCUUCCUCGGAGUCAGAAGGAUCGUCGCCCCGUCGGUCAUGUGCAAAGCGUGGUAAGAAAUCUCGCAAAAGCAGGAUCCCAGUGCUGAAGCCCCGGGACCCGGACGUUUACGACGGCGCGAUGGACAUGCAAGUCCUGCACAAGUUCCUUAAGCAGGUUACGGCGUAUCUGACAGGUUACGACGUACCGAGACGACGGCGAGUCGCUACGCUCGCGAACUUCUUGGGUGGAAGGGCAUAUGAAUUUUAUGUAGUCUCGGUGUCUGAUCGACCCGAGGAUUGGACUGUACACCAGUUCUUUACGGAGCUCUUUAAUUAUUGUUUUCCUGUUACUUUCCGUGCAAAAAUGCGAAGUCGACUGCGCAACUGUCAACAGCGUGAGCGGAAUGUAAAGGAAUAUGUCCACGAACUUGAAGGACUUUUCCAGCUGGUCGGAGUUCUAUCUCCUGAGGAAAAAGUAGAUAAGCUCUGGUACGGGCUGAACCCCUACAUACAGAGCGAGCUCUGGCUCAAGGAGCUGAACCCCCUCCACUCCAAGUGGAAAGAAGUGGUGGCCAUGGCUGAGAUCGUCGAGAUUGCUAAGUCGAUACCCGGAGGUGGGGGCGGUAAGGUCGCCUCCAGAGGUAGCAAUGGACCUGAGACUUCCGGAGUCGGCUCUCGACAGCCAGGGCAUAAUGGGGGGGCUACGGGACGACGGACGGACCGUGGUCCCCGACGUCCUCAGCAGCAGAACAGCUCGACAUCAGAGCCGCGCAUGAACGGGCGAGACAGCUCGAUGCCAGCACGCACCUAUGACCGUGGCUCGCGGAUGACUGCCGGACCACGUCGGGACAAGGGAGGUCGCCCAACCCCCUCUGCCCCGAAGAUGUCGGAUCGGGAAAGAGCUUCUCUGGCCGCUGACGGCAAGUGUUUCGAGUGUCAGGAGGUCGGACACCUCGCGCGGAACUGUCCUCGUCGUGCGCGGGUGACAUCGUCCUCCAAGGGUCGCCCACCGGGGGUCUCCUCGUUUAGCGUGGAAUUUGGUCACGCCGAGACACUGCGGGAGCUCGCUGAAUCUACAGUAAGUGUGGAUGAGCUCGCCCUACACCACAUUGUUGUAGGUGACUCCCUUGAGGAUGAUGAUGUUGAGGGACAGUGUGAUGAGUCGGAGGCCUCUGAUUUGCUGCCCGAGUUGGAAUCCAUCCUGGACGCCGACUCGUCUGGGGGCAUUUCCGACAAUGAUUGUGAGCUCGUAGCCUAUGACGAGGAUUACCUCACGACGUACCUGCCCCCGACGCGACAUGAAGGACGAGUGCACACGCGCUUAGGCAACCUGUAUACUGAGAAUGCGAUGCGCAUUCUUAAUGAGUGCGGACACUCCCAUCAUGACAGUCUUAUGGACAUGCCUGAUGAUGAGGAGAUCACUCUCGUCACCCAGGUUAGUCCUUCAGAGUGUCGGGUAUGCCGAGUCGAACGGGAUGACCCGCUUCCAGUCUCCUGUCUGCGCGACCCCAACUUCGACCUCGCGCGAUGGUGGCAUCAUCAAUGUACGUCAUGGGCUGAAUACGCGGACCAUUUGCCUCGUCCAAGUACGAAGGUUGGCCCCGCUCUUGUGCGUGGGGUAGCGCGGGUACUGAAUGAACAUGUUCCUGUCCCUGAGAGCGAACUGGAGGAUAUCCGUACAAUGGACCGCUUUUGUUGUUUUCAGCGGGAUGGGUAUGUCGAGAUACAUGACCUGUAUCUGUCAGCCGAACUGUGGGUAGAUAAUGAGGAUGUCGAGAAUGUUUUUCUGGACUUACCAAACUUUUAUGCCUCGCACAUGAGUCGUGCCUUGCGCCCUCUACCUUUCGAGCUUGAUGACUUGGAGGGUGAGUUAGCUGGGCUGUUCUACUCGCAGUUGCCGGCUGACUGCAUUCCCACCAUCGAGCUGAAUGCAGUGAAGGUCACGUCAUCGGAUGCGCUGCCCGCGUUGCAAAGGAAUGCAGCGAAUACGCGAGACUUUAAGCGUCUCAUACCGGAGCCCGUUGUGGUCGUUGUUCAAGUCAAUGGGCACUCCGCUCGGGCUCUGUUGGACACUGGCUCACUUGCUGACUUCAUGUCGACAAGGUUUGCACACCAGAUUGGGGUGAAGACAUUCGAGCUUGAAAAGCCGUUGCCCGUACACCUCGCGGUCCAGGGUUCUCGCGCGAAGAUCAACCUUGGUUGCACGGCCGACCUCGCUUACCAACGUGUUCGCACCGCUCGCUACUUUGAUGUUGUGAACCUUUUGAAUUACGACCUGAUUCUAGGGACUCCAUUUUUCUAUCAGCACAAAGUUACGAUAGGAUUGAACCCUACCGCAGUGCAUAUCGGCAGCGAUGCCGCGCUCCCUCUUGAAGGGAAGCGAUUGCGAGUGUUGGAGUCGCGCGCAGCCGACGUUUAUGAGGGUCACCUCGAACGCGUGCGACGUGAAUUGCGUGAGUAUGCGGCCCCGAUCUGCACAUCUGCUAUGGACGCGCCUUUGCCCCCUCUCCGGGCGAUCAAUCAUACCAUCCCGCUGAAGGAUGAGUCCGCCGUCUACCCUUGGAGGCCAUCAAAGUGCCCCGAGGCACUGCGUCCACUUUGGGCGGAGAAGCGUGAUGCCUACUUG